AUGGACGCGAAACAGUACAUUCAGCGGUGCUACAAUGCCGUUGGACUCCCCGAUCAGUUAGAUGUCCACCGGCGCUAUUCCUACCUCUUCAAUGAUUGGUCGGCCAAGCUGGUAGAGUCGGUCAAGCCGCAAGUCCACAUCAUGGUCAACAGGAGAUUUAUGGCGAAAAGAAUGGUGUCACAUAUCUGGACGGACGAGCUCAAGGACAUUACUCUAGGUGAAGAGGUUACGAGGGUAAAUUUGGCCCGGGAUGCUGUUCCUUGGGUGAUCCUGGCAGCCCACAUUCUCCUGGACUACACAGCAGACGCCCUUGAAAUCGCAACCUCAUUGGUGGAUACCUUCCAUAUCCACGGCAUUUCCCAGUCCACGAUAGAGCAAGUUGUUGCUUGGAGUCUUUAUCCCAUGGGCCUCGACUACAAUGUUGACUUGGGCAAUAGUAAGACGCGACAAGAACAAUUGAAGUACGCAGCAGCAAACGAGUCCAGACUUUCUGAGAAGCGGACGGAAAUUUGGAGGGAGAUUUUUGACCAUCUCCAUGAACAUAAAGCGUUCGCUCACCCCAAAGUCGGGGCUGGAGUGGUCUACUUUGCGCUGUAUCGAUUGCCACAAGAUCACUUUAUUGAAGAUGAUUCUCAUCGACUGUACACCGUCUUAUUCAUUGAUGCUGCCACUGGAGCUCUCGCUUUCACCUCUCCGUUCCAACGAGAGCAGCAAAGUCUUGGGGCAAUCAGCCGAUAUAUGCGCAACCAUAUCGAUCUUUUUGUGAGAAAACACAAUCAGCCAGCCUUCAUGAUUUGUGUCAAUUCUUGGGACCGUGGACAGCAACAUGCAUCGCUCGUGAGCCUUCUUCAGGACGUUGUACAGGGGCUUCCACCUCUUAACACGCGUUUUUGCAUCUACACGACCGAGGGCGAAGAUAUCUUUUGCGACUUGCCAGCGACACUCGCCGGGACCUUUCUGGAGAUCACAGAGAGACUGGAAACGGCACUACAAAAGCUCAAGGUUGACCAGAAUUUAUCCUUCUAUACCGAAAGGGGCCCCGCUGCCUGCUGGGAAUACAUAUUGGCGUCGUCUUUUGGAGACUUGCUCGAAAGGAAAUUCCACAUGACUUGGCCUCGUUCGUAUUACCCGGGUAGAGCUAACAUGAAGAACACGCCAUGCAAAUUGAGCUUUGCCAUACCUGGUAAAGGGACCUCAAUUUCUCUGACAGACCAACGCAGCUGGGACCGACUAAACAUUUCUCCUUACUUGGAUAUGAUAGCUGGCAACACGACGGCUCAGCAUGAAGUGGUGGAUCAUUUGGAGGAGGAUGUUCAGGAAGAGCUUCAUCGCACUCUGAAUCUUUCAGCAAGCUACUUUUUGCAUCAUGUUUCUUCCGAAACUAAAAGUAGACAUCCCCUAUCACGUUGGCUCGAAUUGCUUCUGUAUAUGCAUCGUGUGGCUAACUCAUCUAAGACCAGUUUCGAAUCAUCUCUAGUGAAAAUUACUCCAGUCGAAACCAAACCUGCUGGCAGGGUGGAUCGACAACCGGCGCUCAAAGAUGAUCCAAACACUAAGACCGGAGAUUCGACUACAGGUUCAAUGCAACUUCUCUCAAAUGCCCGCACACCUGCGGGGACUCCUGUUUACUCGGCGGACGCAGCAGUUGCCAUGGUGCGUAAUAUGCAGUCAAAGUACAGAAUUCGUUCGAGAGGGGGGAGUGUAACUUCAAAGGUCAGAGGCCCUCUUGGUAAAGCCAAGAUUAUUGAUGGAAAUAAGUCUCGUGGCUUCUCGCAGGUUUCUCACCAACAGAAGUAG